AUGAAUAUUAUUACAAACGAACUAAAUAUUAUGAAUGACAUGCUACGUCCUUUUAGCACUGGAAGGAAUGGAGUUUAUUAUACAGUUAAACGGUUUCUAUGUCCUAUUUAUGGGCGUAAAUUCGAAAGAAACUUUACCAGUCAUGUAGAUUUGGCUACUUCUAUAAUUAGGAAUGCACAUGGAUCAUUUUUAUCCGAUUCGGAGCCUUCAAAGGUAAUAAUAGGCUUUAAAAAACAUAUAGAGGAUCUGGAAGGGCUCAUACUAUCGAAAGAGGAAGCGAUAUGUACUAUGAAUAUGUGCCUGGAUCUCGGCCAUCUUAACCGGCGGCUAUUCAGAAAUUGUAUAGAGAUCGUAGAAGAUGAGUAUUUCAAACCAGUGCUAGUAAAAGAUUGUGAUAAAGUCCAUCCGCUAACGGAUUUAGGAUACAAAAACAUCGAUAACACAUACGAAUUCGUCAAUAACAUGAGUAUACAACACAAGGCUUUGAUAGUUAUUUGGACUCAUAUAAUAAAUCAAAGGAAAGAUCAUUCACAACAUGGCAGACACAGACAGUUGUAUAAACCAUCCGAAUCAAUAGAUCCAGAAAAGGAGGAGAUAGUGACUACACGUAAACUUGGAAGGGUUUUAGAUCCAAAGCCUAUUAGGGCAAGGAUAAGCCGCAUUCCCUCAGGGAAAAAACUAUCAAAUAUGCUAGCAUUACAGUUGAGGGAACAAAUACCCGAUGCUUCACUAUCCGACGCCUGCUAUAUCUCUCACAUUUUUACCACAGAUUUGCCAUUAAGUGGACAAUUGAAUGAGGAUACUAUUGACCUAUUAGCGCAACGCUUUUCUGAAUUUACCCCUUCCAAAUUAGUGGAUAACAUGUAUUCUAUUUCUAAAUUUUGUCGUUCUGCAACCAGAAGAUUUAAUGAAAUAUGGUCAUUCCACGAUCCAAAUGUAGAUAGAAUUCCAACAAAACGACGCUGCCUUUACAAGAUUGAAAGAAGACAGUUUAAAAGCAGCUUUGUUUUGCAUGUGUUGAAAACAUUAGAGUUGUACUGUGAUCCUGAAAGGAACAAAAAGGAUACUGUGAAUCCAUAUAUAUACGAAAAAAACAUGUUAACUCUUCCCUUGCAUAUUAUGCUGGAUUUGUCACACUCGGAUAUACCUAUCCCUAUAAAUCUUUGGGAUAAAUUAGUGGUGAAAAUAGAUACUAUAUUAAAAGAUGUAAAGUAUCUUGAUUUGUGCUCUAUUGGUCUAUUCUUUGAAGCAGUUGUUGUAUCAAAAUAUACCACAGAAAACACGAUUGAAGUGGCCAAAGGCAUGCUAAAGAAAUGUGUCAUAGAUAACGAUAAAAUAGAAACAUAUAAUAGCAUACAAUAUAUCCUCAAAGUUGUUUCAGAACAAUGUCUAGAGAAUGAAUUUAGAGAUCUAAUCGAUGCCUUGUUGGACGACUUAGGGACUACACAAAAUACAAACACAAAUCUAUUCGGAAGUUAGACAUUUGGAAGUAGUUAUCUUGUUUUGAUGGUUACGCGAAAAAUAGCUCCUAUCUGAAGCUAAGACGGUCGGUUGAAGGUGAUUCUAAAUUAUCUCAAUGCUUACUGAUGAAUAAAAACUCUGCGCUAUUCUACACGGCAUCAGUUUAUUUGCCCUAUACUUAACACACUUCCCCAAGGGAAGAUUCCUAGCACAA